UGACAAAUAUACCGCAUUCCGUAUGGAGCAUCUCUUGAUCCCUUUGGUCAGGCACGAUCAUUGGCAUCUUGUAGAAGUUGAUCUUAAAGAUAAAGUCGUCAAGCAUUACAGCUCCGCUGGGCACGAAGCUUGGAUGGAGCCUGUUAAUAAAAUCAUAAAAUUCUUUGAUGCCCAUCAUGCUGAUUUUAUUGAAGAUAAUGUGCGCCAAAUAUUUAGAUAUCAAGCCAUCAAAUGCGAGCAACAAAGAGGACGCUUUGACUGUGGUGUGUUCGUCUACCUCUUUGUAAAAUCCAUAAUUGAAGGACGAUCAACAUUGCUGGUUAAUCCUCCGAACGAUAUCCCUGAAGCUAUGCGAGCAAGACUUGCCGCACAAUUAUUACUGGCUGGUUUUGAACAAAGACAUAAAGAAGAAACAGUGUACAGUGAUGAAUGAUAUGUUCAUACAAAUACAAUAAUGUAUGUAUAUUUAAGUAAUUGAAAAUGAUUGUUAUCAGAUGUAUUGUUCUAUCUGUACCAUGUUCGUUCUA